CCUCUCAACUUAUAGGGUUGCCGAACUUUCCCACUUUCCCUUUUAUAUAUAUAUGGUCUCACUUUGUGAUGAUAAUUACAAUAAUCUCUCACAUUUUCAACUGUUUAGUGAAUAUCAACUUAACUGCAAGAGGUGUUUGAAAUAAAUAGAUAUUCCAAAUCAAAGAAAGAUGAUUGUUAUUGUGACACUUAUGGCCUUUUUGGUUGUGCAUGAUUCCCUUGCACUAAACCCCAAUUAUCGUGACUGCUCAGAUAACGAAUGUUAUUAUUACGAUAAUCAAACGGAUCCCAGAAAUCAAGUUAUAGACCUCUAUGAUGCAAUAGAAAGCAAAAUGGCAGACUCAAUUCCAAUGCCAGACUUUGAUUUAUAUGCCUCCUUCCAUGGUGGGAUUCUGAAGUACUAUUAUGAUGAUACCAUGGAUUCUGAAUGCAUUUGUCCUUUAACCAGAAAAAGUGAUGAUAUAUAUGCUAUUUUUCAUGAUGACGUCCCGCUGGACAUUCAAUAUAACUGGACAAUCCACUGGUCUCCUUUCACUAGCUACACCAUAAAUGGAAGUAUGGAUAUAAGUGCCCAAGUUUUCUACGAGGUUUAUUUCAUCAACGAUACCAAUGGUGGUGGGCCAUCAAUUGACAGAGUAAACAUUACAUCAUUCGACAUCUACUCUUGGUGGUUCGAAGGACAGCCUCUGAAGAUGCUAGAAAAGAUUCCCGAUGAAUUAUUUAACAAAACUAUGGGUUUUGUUCUGAAGCAGAUCAUUGAAGAUAAAAUGGCGUUGACCUAUAACAACGCAAUACAAGAUGCCAAGAGAAAUUUUCACAGACCUACAUUUCACCAGAGACGAGCAAGCAGCGUUAAGAUCCUCAACUUACUUAAAUCCCGAAGAAAGAAUAAUACUCGGAAAUCAAAGUAUUUUUUUAAAAGAAUGAACAAUUCAUUAUAACAUUGCUGCAGUUACUAUAAGAGCUCUUUUUAAAGGUAAAGUUAAAAAAUGGUAUAUACACGAGCCUUAAGUAAUAUUGGAAUCAAAAUAAAAAAUAAUAACAUUGAAAUCUUUGAAUUACUAGUGAGAAAGGCGGGAUAAAACCUUUUUAAUUGCUUAAUGAAGCACGUUUCUAAUCCUGUUUCUUCUGGCAACAUAAGCAGAUUUAUAUGUUUUCGAUCCCUCCUUCCACGGCAGCGAUUCGCAUUUGUCGUUUUUCUGCAUUAAUGCUAAUUUGCAACUUGUUGAUGCUUUACAACCAUAUAUGAUUCUUGACACCCCAACAUGCAAGGAUACAAACUUGUCAUUUGUGCAUCUACAUUACUUGUACCGGUGUAUGCCACGCGGGUAUACAGUCAACUUCUGACCUUCUGCAGACUAUAUCCCAGACAUAGAUAGAUAGUUUACAGUACAUAUACAACUGUAUAGGAUGCAUACUUUUUUUAAACAAGGAUUUUAACAAUAUAUGCUAAGUAUGGUCAUCACUGACAACCUUAAAUAUUAUAUGCUACCAUUAUUAUGAUCAUCAUACAUCAUACUCCUUUUUAUAGCAAGUAUCAUAUACAUAUUUUUAAUUAUGUAGUCUAGUAACAUGUAAUAAACCUUUUUUAUGCUU